AUGCGGGUGGCGGUGGUGGGGGGGGGUAUCAGCGGGCUGGCGGCAGCCUACACGCUGGCCGUCGCCGGUGACGUGGAGGUGGUCCUCUACGAGGGGGAGGAAUACCUCGGUGGCCACUCCAGGACCGUCGCCGCCGACGGUGUCGACGUGGACCUCGGCUUCAUGGUCUUCAACCGAGUAGGACCUCUCCCUCCCUCUCUCUCGCUCUCUUCUCCCGCCCUGUGGAUUCUCUGCAAUCAGUCACCGGCAGCAUGAGGCCUCUUCUCAGUGCUGCGCGACGGUUUUGGCGGGGCCUAUUACCGGCGGCAGUGCCGCUUACGGCGGGGCUUGGCCUUGCAGGUGACCUACCCGAACAUGCUGGAGUUCUUUGAGACGCUGGGGGUGGAGAUGGAGGCGUCGGACAUGUCCUUCUCCGUGAGCCUGGACGCCGGCAAGGGCUGCGAGUGGGGCAGCCGCAAUGGCCUCUCUGGCCUCUUCGCCCAGAAGAGCAACGCUGCCAACCCAUACUUCUGGCGAAUGAUCCGCGAGAUCCUCAAGUUCAAAGACGACGUCCUCCGGUAACCCCUUCCUCCCUCCCUCCCUCCCUCCACCUACUCACGGCAAGAGAGAGAGAGGGAGGAUAAGCUGACGUGGAGUUGACUAUGUUGUGGGGUCUGACUUUUCAGGACUAAGUAAUGAGGUUAGGGGGGGGUUACUGUAACUAUUAUGAGAGUCGACUGUGGGGGAACAGGAGUAACGCAGAUGGAAAAGCCUGGGGCCGGGCCGGGCCGAGCCGAGCCGGUCCGGGCCAGUUUUUUUAAGCCCGAAGAAGGGCCGUUACAAUAAUAUAAAUUAGUGUGCAGGCGGAAGUGGAGAGAAACCGGGAACGAGCGGGGGGAUAGGUGGUGGUGGAAGAUCCUCCGAGAGGGGUUGCCCUCUCCAUCCGUCCACCCCAGUGCUGGCGAGCAUCGCAGGGGGAGAGAUCAAUCACUUCCGUGUUCUAUCCGAUCGUCUGCUCAGUAGAUUUCCACAAGUUUUUGGUCUUUUGCCAAGUCUCUAGCAGCUCGGGGCGUCGCCUGUCAUUGUAUGUGGAGUGAUCAAUGGCGAUCUCCCGCCGAGUGGAGCCGACGUCUCUGAUGGAUCAUUCCGUUGACCUGACUAGAACGCCGUGGUUCGGCGUUCUCCACUGGUCUGUGCGAGCGGAGUUUAGAUUAUGGGUCUUCCAUCACACUCUCCGCUAACGGUCGCUAUGUUACUCGUGGAAGAUUACGAAGACAAAUACCGAGCUUAAAUGUUUCACAGUAACUCUUAUUAUUCUCUGUGCAUGACGAUCUCAGAUCGCGGUUACCACAGGUAGUAUUUAUGUCUUUUGGCUCCAUCUCGGUCCAUACCCACUUUAGAAUGCUUGUAAGAAGCAGGGCAAGGGCAUGGAAUGGAAGGGUAUGUAGGUUCCUGAGAGAGGUUUAGAAUACGGUAGAGUUCACAGCUCACUCUAGAGACCAAACGACCAGGAGCACUUACUGACUCAAUAGUCAGUCUGUACAUGUUCUCAUCUAUGAUACUUUCUCUUCUAAAUAGCUUCAAGAUUGAACUCGCCAGUUUAUCUGCACCGGAAAUGAUGUAAAAUUUACCCUUAAUAACACUAGAAAUCAUAUCGGACAAAUUGACGAUAAUUUUUGUUUGUCUAAAUCCGUUACCCUUGUCUUCUGACUGCGUCUAAUGCAAUUUUUCCUUUCAAUAUGAAGGUAUCUUGAGGAUCUGGAGAACAAUCCAGAUAUGGAUCGCAACGAAACGUUGGGGGAAUUUGUCAAAUCACGCGGUUAUUCUGACUUGUUUCAAAGAGCAUAUCUUGUAAGAUUAAUGAAAUUAAUCUACUGCUUUUGCUUUGUUUCAAUUUUAGUUUUUCAAUGGUUAUAUGUCUUCCAGGUUCCAAUUUGUUCAUCGAUCUGGUCUUGUCCUUCAGAAGGAGUAAUGACUUUUUCAGCAUUUUCUGUGCUCUCAUUCUGCCGUAACCAUCAUUUACUUCAGGUAAUCUCCUCAUUAUCCAUGAUGUAUCACUACGCUUGGAGUAACUUGAAAUCGGCAAAAACUUCCGGUUGGGGUACUUGUUCUAAGAAACAAGUACCCCGAUUGGCAACCCCGGCUGUCACAUUCUUUUGAAAAUCGGUAUCGCCAUUAGAACUAGGUGUAUAUAGUCACACGGAGUAGAACUACAUGUCCGAUAAGAUAUGUCACAUUGGCAAGAAAUUCUCUUAGAACAAGUACCCCGAUUGGCAACCCCUGCUGUCACAUUCUUUUGAAAAUCGGUAUCGCCAUUAGAAUUAGGUGUAUAUAGUCACACGGAGUAGAACUACAUGUCCGAUUAGAUAUGUCACAGUGGCAAAAAAUUCUCCAAUGAGCUUAGUAACCUGUUUGUAUUCACCAUACAUAAGUAAGGCACUCGCCACCAAAAAAAAAAAUGCACUCGUCUCGCAUUAUCAGAGAGCCAAGAUUGUCACGAAUACUUGUAGUCUUGUCUUUAGUAGAUUCUAAGGUUUUAUGCAUAAUGUGCGGUUCCUGGAAAAAAGAGUCUUCGUUCAGUGUAUAUUUGAUGAUCAUUGGUUGGGUCUACUCUGCACAGGUUUUUGGUCGGCCACAAUGGCUGACAGUGAAGGGGCGUUCCCAGAACUAUGUCAGUAAGGUAAGUAGUUGGUUUUCUGGCGUCAUAAAGGCUUUUUAUUCUAAUUUUUUUCCUGAUGAGAGAAGCUCGUGUGCUUUAAGAUUAUUAAUAAUUACCUUACGCAAUAACAGGUUAGGAGAGAACUGGAGCGUAGACAUUGUCAAAUAAGAUUAGGGUCUGUGGUUGAAUCUGUUUCAUCUAUUGAUGGAGGUAAGCACGAAGCAUGUUACUCAAGUGACAAUCUUGUAAUUCUAUAAGAUCUUCCAUCUCUUUUUAGCGAUCACCUUAAUACUUGAGGUGCACAUCCCCAAAGUCCAGUAAGCCUAAGGUUGUUGGGCUAGAAGUGGGUUAAAAGUCCUGUUUGGAAGCCUACCAGUCACCUGCUUUAAUUUUUUUCACAAUUCCGUGUAUGAUAUGCGGACAAGAAACCUGAAUUGUUAGAUCAUUAAAGCAGGAUUACGUGACAAUUUUGUUUUUGACUUGUAUUUUUUGCAUUCCUGGUUGUACAUACUCUUAGAUGGAAUUGAGUGAACAUGCUUUUCCCUUGGGGUUUAUUUGAUACAAGAAAAACAGAUUUUUUUAAUUCGCUGAUAAUGGUUUGUGUUUAUGUCAUUUGCUAUAUUUCAGAUAAUGUUUAUUCGACAUUCAAGUGAAAAUCAUGUCUCUCGUUAAGAUUUUAAUUGUGGCUCAUUGAGAAGUUAAAAAAUUGUGGAUUACAGCUGAAAUUGUAUUUUGUGUUACCUAAUAUUCCUUCAUAUGAAUUUAUCAUGGGCUAAAAUUGCAAGAUUUAACGCUGUUCCAGGUUGCUCUGUUUUGUGUGCCGAUGGAUCAGAAGAUGUUUAUGAUGGAUGCAUAUUAUGCGGUCAUGCACCAGAUGCCUUAAAACUUUUAGGAAAACAAGCAACUUACGAAGAAACGAGGGUACUUGGUGCUUUUCAGUACGUUUACAGGUAAUUAAUAUUCUCUGUAUCUGAAUGUGGCUUUGUGUUCUAUGCUCCUAUUAUGUUCUUCUGAGUCUUGUAGUCAUAGAAAAAAAGUUCUCAAUGAAUUUUAGGAAAUUAGACAGUUGAUCACUCAGUGGGACACGAUAUGUUGUAAGUAUUAUUUCACCUGAAAUUCAACUACAUAAGACCUCCGUCAAUUUUAGACAACGUUCAUAUUCUUCUGUAUUGAUCUUUAUUCAGUUGUCCAAAUGUAUUUACAGUUGAGUAUUAUCGAUCUAAACACUAUUAACUAUUCUUCAAUCUGAACUUCAAAUGCAUAAGACAGCUCAAGAAUUUUUUUAAAACAUGCUCAGAUUCCCGUAUGUUAAUCUUAUUCUUGAUCUGAUUGUAUUUUCUUAAAUCCCACUGGUGAAUCUAAGAAAUUGGCAUUGGAUACAGAAUUUUCUAUUGUGAUAUUUUAUCAGUGAUGAGAUGGUCCUAUUAAUUCUAGUUAGUGAGAAGUUCGACAUCCACUUAAGUUCCUUAUCCCUUUCCCUUUUCGUGUUCCACUACGGAAUGCAGAAGGGUUUUUCGCUUUGAUUUCAUAAAGAAAUUAACACCAGUUUUUGCAGCAUCUGAUCUACAACAUGUCAGUAGAAUUAUCUUCUCGUAAACAGGUUCAUAUGCAAAAUAUUUAUUUCAAUCUUGGUUUGAUCUUACUGAGAAACCUUUUUCUUGUACUAUUUUUUGUUUUAAACAACGGAUUCUCUCCCAUGGCGUGCAUCAACUCUACAGUUCUCUAUGCAUCUCUCUCUCUCUUAUUUUCCUCGUCCUCCAUCACAAUCUUCCAUAAUAAAACCUUAUAAAGAGGUAGAGGUUUUAAUUUCUUCCACAGUUUUUUUAGAAAUCUGGUAUGAUGAUUUGACGUGCACCACGCAUCCAUGUUUGAUUUAGUUAAACAACUGCAGUCACAUAAUCCAUGGAUGUUACUUUCUAUUUCCUUUUCUGAUAUGCUGGUAUUCAUAUAACUUCUUGCUCUGUGGUGACGUGUCUCUCAGUGAUAUAUUUCUACAUCAUGACAAAAGUCUCAUGCCCCGUAACCAGUCAGCAUGGAGUUCUUGGAAUUUUCUUGGAGAUACAAACCGUGGCGUAUGUCUUACAUAUUGGCUAAAUCUGCUUCAGGUUUGUAACAUGUCAAAAGAUUUUGCAACUCAUACAACAGAGAUUUAACCCAUAUUCUCUAUCCGAAAUUUUUUCUUCCUUUACAAUCUCUCUUUUAUGACGGAUUGGUUGGUUGCAAUAACAGAAUCUCGACACAGAUCAAACAUUCCUAGUGACUCUAAAUCCUCCUUAUAACCCAGCGAAUGUCAUCCUGAAGUGGAGGACAAGCCAUCCAGUUCCAUCAGUGGCUGCUUCAAAAGCUUCACUUGAACUUGAAGGAAUUCAAGGCACCCGGAAAAUAUGGUUUUCUGGAGCGUAUCAGGGUGAGUAGUCUCUUUUGUGAGGUCUGCUGAAAAAUAUGGUUUGUUGAUUUUUUGAAUUUUUAUUUGAAUCUUCCUUUUAUUCAAGGCGAGAAAUAAUGCACCUAGAAGAUGUUUUCCAAUUUUUUCAUUACAUUAUCUAAUUCGAAUGAAGCCGUUUUUCGAGAAUUGAUGUACACAUCUUAUUUGCUCUUCAUUUAUUUUAGUUGCAUGUUUGGCUAACUUUAUGCUGUCUUAGCGUGCAAGAAAUUAUGCUUCAGUUCUUGGUCUUCUUUUCUUUGCGGAAGAAAAAUUCUCGGAAUUUAAAACUCACGAGUAUUCCUCUCUUUCAGGGUAUGGGUUUCACGAGGAUGGACUGAAGGUGAGAACUCGUGACUCAUUUAUGGAGCCCUUGUGUCUAUGUUAAAACUGCUUUAAAGAGAACUGCAAUAUUUUUUUAGAUUUGCUAUCAUUUACCAUGUGGGUUCCCAUUGUAUGAGAGUAGUGGCAUCAUACCAUCUAAGCCUAUGUUGAAUUCUGUCAUAAAAUCCUAAGAUUUCCUUUAUGUUAUCGUGACAGAUCCCACUGUGCUUCUUCACGUCUUCCAUUUCACCUUCAUCUCGUUCAAACUUCCAGACGGGUCCUACUGAAAUUUUAAAAUAGAGCAAAAGAUAAGACUGCCAUGACCUGGCAAGCACGUGCGCUUCUGUCGUCCUAGGUUUAGUGUUUAUAUCUUGGCUACAUACCCCUUUUGGUUUGACGGCCACUUUCACCACCAACCACUGUUGGGUCUUUCCCUAGCCACACUGGCCUGUUGGCCACAGAUGGUGGGCCCGAAGUAGCAACCAAUGCUCCCCAAGAGACAUCCCAUCCCUCACUCGGGGGCAGACGUGCCUGUGUAGAAGUUCCAUACUUGUCUGAAAGUAAUAGAGUAUUUUUAAAUUGUUUUCCUUAACCAGCCUGCUACACGUAAUCCUGGCUAGAUACACAGGCCCAAUAUGCAUUUUUCACCGACAAUUACGAAGAACCAUACAGGGCAGCUAUUUUCGCCCCACUGCAACUACUAGGCAAAAAACUCUUUGCGGUUUGGUAUUGUAGGAGGAUGGAAUUUUUGUCACAUGUUAUAUACUGAUAGUUUUGCUUGUUGUGUCACAUCAGAUAAUUAGAUGACAUAAAAAUAUUAAAAACCACAUUUGCAUCUGUCACUCGCAAUACACAAAAGAGUAUACCUACCUGAAGGUAUUCAACAUGAUUAAAUCAAUAGUUCACAAAUUAAUAGAAAGUAAUGUGACGGAAUUUAUUUUAAAAUAUAUGUAAAUACAGUCCCCAUAAUCCAGUUUGCCUCAGAGAUGUUAUUAUGUAAAAUCAAACGAUUUUUUUGCUGUUUCCCAGUCACAUUAAAAUGUGAAGAUUGAAAAACUUUAUGGUCGUAAAACAUUUAUUGCGCUGAAUCGAUUCCUGAUUGAUUUUUUCAUUUGUUUUAAACUAAAAUUUCGUGAAUGCUUGGGUACAUGACAGUCUUGUUCCUGCUGUAGGCUGGGAUAGCCGCUGCACAUGGCAUUCUUAGGAAGGAUUGUACCAUUUUGGAGAACAACAAGCAUAUGGUACCUUCGCUCAUGGAAAGUGGAGCACGCUUCUUUGUAACUAAAUUCCUUACGCAUUACGUCAAUGCAGGUUGUUUAGUGUAAGUCUAUUUACCCCAUAAACCUUUCUGUCAAAGCAUCUAGCGAACCCUUUGAUCUCUCGCUUUUGGUGUUUGCUCAUGAGCCGCUUUGACGAAAAUUUAGUCUCCUGCCUUGAUUGAGUUGGGGAACGGAAUGAAAUAUUAAUUAUAUUCAUGCAGCGCAGAGAUCACAACUGCGGUAGUAUAUGAUUCUAUAAUUGUGAUAAUUCGCUUGUUCAAUAUUUUUAGCAAUCAACACCUUCCUCGAUGAAGUAGAAAUCCAAACAUUAUCUCCACUUGUUAUGCGGGUAUUUUCAAAACUUCGUAGCAUGUUACUGAAAAAAUAAAGCAUAGUCCGACGGUUCAAUAUUUUGCUUAUUCCUCAAUAACAGAGAACUCCCUGAGAAAACAAUCAUAGAUAUAAUUAGUUUUUGGAGCUCAGUUCGAGCUUGAUCCUGAUCUGCUCUGGAUUUUGAUCAAACUUUUAUGGUUUUCGGGAAAGAACUUAAUCUGGGUUAAAAAUAGGCAGGGUAUUGAUAAAAUUUCAUGCAAUUCUGAAUUCUUGUUCAUUAAUCUCUGCAUUCUCCGGACGGGCAUAUGAAUUCUUGUCUUUCCCACUUUCGAGGAUGAGAUAUUUUUAUAACCAAGACGACUUCAUGACAAUAGAAGGUGGAGCACUAGGGCGGGCAUCAUAGGUUAUAGCCAAGACUGUCGAUGGCGGACAGAUGAGCAUUUGGUUUCCCUUUUUCUUCUCCCUCUUCCCCUCCUCGCCUUCUACUGGCAAGCUAUUGGCGUGGCUUUACUCUUUCCUUUCUUCCAACUGGACGAACUACUCCUAGUGAGAUCUGCUAGUCAACUUCAAACCAAGGACAAGACCAGUCCUUCUCGGCUGAUUGAUUCCGAUUAGGAAGUUUUAAGCGGUGAUUAUUCGAGCCUGUUUUUGGAAUAUUCUUAGCUCCUGCGUAUAUCUUUGGUUACCCAUUACGAAGGGAUAAUCUUUCUGUUUUUGCAAGUAUUAGGUUCAAAAAGUAUUAGUCUGCUAUCUUGAUCUAAGAAAAAAAAGAAACAGGAAAAAGAAAGCAUUCGUCUUGUAGCUGUUAAGAGAAACUGAACUGAUGUAUUCUAUCAAACAUGUUCAAUUCAUGGAAACUGACAGAUUGUUGGAAGAUGGUGGGACCAUGUUUUCUUUCCAAGGAACUAGCAGUGAAAAUAGCAAGAAAUCUGUCCUGAGAAUACACAGCCCCUUGUUCUACUGGAAGGUAUGCUUCUUGUGUCAUUUCCUAUUUCACAUUGUCAACGCCCUAUUUUUAACUAGUUGACAGAGAAGGGUUUGGAACGUUAAUUUGUUUUCUUUUACUGAAUGGCAGAUAACUACGGAGGCAGACUUGGGUCUUGCGGAUUCAUACAUAAAUGGCUAUUUUUCUUUCGUGGACAAGCAAGAGGGUCUUCUAAAUCUUUUUCUGGUAAAUGAAUCUGAAAUCAUGCAUAUUUUUUUUACCUUUUUUAUCCACAUAUAAUAUAUUUUUUAACGUAUUCUUUAUUAAAUCCAUUUCUUCAGAUAUUGAUUGACAACAGGGACCUAAAGAGCUCAUCAAAGAAACCGAUUUACAAGAGGUUUUCUCAGCAGACCUCUUACUAUGAAUAACAUAUUAGGAAAAAUAGCAAACCACAGAAAGUCAAGAUAUUGAGGAUAUUUUGGAAUGUGGAACAGGGGAUGGUGGACGCCGUUAUUCUUCACAGCCGCCAUCGGAUCGGCACGAUAUUUUCUUCGUCACAUUUCGAGACAGAACACCCUGACACAGGCCCGCCGUAAUAUCUCUCAGCAUUAUGAUCUGGUCAGAUCCCCAAACUUUUUUACUUUUUUUAAAGCAUAUUAUUGCUCAUUAAUUCCGCCCAAUAUACUGAAAGAGCAUGUAUGCACCCAACGCCCAUUUACUAUUUAUACACAUCGAUCGCAGUGGAAGAAAAUCUUCUGACAUGCAGAGUCAACCACAAGAUUUACUUGUUUUGAUAUUGUCUUGGCAUCAUCUUUCUUCUUCUCCUUGUACUUUUCAUAAGGCCCAUUACACACAAGAAUGAACACUCUUAAUGGAAACCCUAGACAUUAGAUGCUGGUAGAUGGUAGAUCUGUCACAGCAUGGAGGGUAACCAGAAAUAGUAUUUUCUUCUCCUCCAGAGCAACGACUUCUUCGCUUUGUUCCUGGAUGACACGAUGACGUAUUCCUGUGCGAUCUACGAGGUAUGCGCGUUCUCGACACAGCUCUCUCUGACGAUCGAUGAGCACUCAAUUCGAUCUCACACGGAGAUUGGUUUUCUAGAGAGAGAAUGAAGACCUGAGAGAUGCACAGCUGCGAAAGAUCUCUCUCCUGAUCGAAAAGGUCUGGUGGUUAUGUUCUCCGAAUGAUACGAUACCAAGUCGUAUCCCCCAUUCAUCUGCUUCAUCUUCAUCGUAACAGGCUCGGGUGAACAGCGGCCAUGACGUUCUUGAGAUCGGGUGCGGGUGGGCGAGCUUCGCCAUACAACUGGUCAAGCAGACUGGCUGUAGAUACACGGGUAUAACCCUGUCCGAGGAGCAGCUGAAAUUCGCCAAGAAGAGAGUGAAGGAAGCUGGGCUCGAGGUCCGACGCACCCCUUGCCAGUAGGUAGGGACAAGCAGGAGUUCCUCCUGAUCCCGGUCUAACUCUUUCGAUCUUCCAGGACCGCAUGACGUUUCUGCUGUGCGACUAUCGCCAGCUACCCAGCGGGCGAAAGUACGACCGGAUUGUGUCCUGGUGAGCGAGCUUCUUCUGACCCACGCCUCCAGAGACUGCUUUGAGGUCAACUAUUGGUCUCACUGGGUGGCACCUAUCUCUGCAGCGAGAUGCUGGAGGCGGUCGGCCAUGAAUACAUGGAGGAGUUCUUCGGCUGCUGCGAGUCCGUCCUGGCCAAAGACGGCCUCUUUGUUCUUCAGGUCAGUGACACCAGCCGCGCAGCCCGUCCUCUUUCGCAGUUCACAAUCUCCGCCGACCGCCGUCUCUUCCAAAACGCAGUUCAUAUCGAUACCGGAUGAGCGGUACGACGAGUACAGGAGAAGCUCUGAUUUCAUCAAGGAGUACAUCUUCCCCGGAGGCUGCCUUCCUUCUCUGAGCAGAGUCACCUCAGCCAUGGCCGCGUCCUCCAGACUCUGGUGAGCGCCGCCAUCUCUCUCUCUCUCUCUCUCUCACACACACACACACACACACACACUCAUGAGACUCGUGCCGGCGUGCGCAGCAUGGAGCAUCUCGAAAACAUCGGCGUACAUUACUACCGAACCCUGCUGGACUGGAGAGAUAAUUUCAUGGAGAAGAGGAGGUAACCCGCCCACCCGGUUUCACCUCUUGGUCGAUAUUUCUGGUGCAGAAAACAGCUACCCAUUUUCGGAAACUGGAGUUUUUACUAUUUGCAGGAAGAUCCUCGAACUGGGUUUCGACGAGAGAUUCAUACGCACGUGGGAGUACUACUUCAUCUACUGCGCCGCCGGCUUCAAGUCGCGCACCCUCGGCAACUACCAGGUAGACCACCCCGACCCCCGCCGCCAUCUCUUCUCCUCUUCUCUUGAGUUGACCUCUCUACUGUCUGGCUUGCAAUGGGUUGGUGCAGAUCGUGUUCUCUCGGCCGGGCAACGUCAAGGCAUUCGACGAUCCCGCCGACUGA